AUGUUCGGGAUUCCGCAUGGAAGAAGCGCGAACGCCAGCCGAGAGUCCACGGUAUCCCCACUCCGAACCUCGCCCAGCUUCACCGCCCUCGUCGACUACCUCCUCUCCGACAAGUUCGACCUCGGCGAAGAGGAGGGCAGGGCGCAGCGCGCGCUCGACCUGCGGGAGCUGGCGCAGAUGUACCAGGUGCCGCGCCUCGAGCUGCUCUGCGCGCAGGCGCUGCAGGAGAGCGUCGCGCCGGCGACCGCCGUGCCGCUGCUCGAGGCGGCGCACACGACGGGCGACGGGCGGCUCCUCGCGCAGUGCCGCCGCUACGUGGCCGACCACGCCGCCGAGGUGCGUGCGAGCGGCGGCGUGGAGCAGCUGCGCGACUUUGGCGUGGCCAAGGGGCUGCUCGGCGACGCGCUCGACCAGGUGGCGGAGCUGAAGAAGGGGGCACUGCGCGUGGCAGCGGACUGA